CGUGCCCGUUGUUUAUAGCUUCUGGCCAAAAGCAAGACUUGGAAAAGAGGCACGCGCGUCAUCUUCGGUCCUAACCGGCGUCUCGGAAAGCGGAAUAAUUAAUUCAUUAAUUCAACGAAAAAAGAAGAAGAAGAAAGAAACCCAUCAUUUGCAGCGAAACAGGAAUGUGAAAGAGAAGACUUCCUACACUGUUACUAGAAGAAACUAAAGAUGAGGCUUGUGGGAUUCUGGAGGACUGGGCACGCCUGUCCGCUGCUGGCCAUGCUGCUUCAGUUACUUCUGCCUGCUGUUCGAGCUGACAGGGCCUGGAACCAGUACAUACCACGACUGCAGCUCUCACAUACAGAGCUGCGGGCAAGGAACAAUUCGACCAUAUUCUGGGACGGUGGUGCAGGAGUUAAUGGGUAUUACGAGGUUAUGCUGUUGGAUGAGGAUCGUGGCUGGCUGCUGGUUGGAGGACGAGACCACGUCUACAUGUUCGAUUCUGAGAGUCUAACCCAGAUCACACAGAUUCACUGGCCAGCUGGAAGGGAACAUACUGAACGCUGCAAACAUGCAGGGAAGAAUCUGUUGACCGACUGUGCCAAUUUUGUGAGGCUCCUUCAACCAUUCAACAAAACUCAUGUGUAUGCAUGCGGAACUGGAGCGUACCACCCUAUGUGUACAUACAUUGACCUGGGCCACAAUGUCGAGAAACCUUCGCUUAGACUGCUGAACAAUGCUGUCGAGUCCGGGAGAGGGAAAUGUCCUUUUAGUCCACAUGAGCCUUUUACUGCGCGACUCACUGAUGGAGACUUGUAUGCAGGAACGUCGGUGGACUUCAUGGGAAACAACGCAGCCAUAUUUCGUAGCUCUGUGCACACAACCAGUCAGCACUACAUUCGCACCGAGGCUUAUAAUGACCACUGGCUCAAUGAGCCAGAAUUUGUGGGCUCGUUCUCCAUCCCAGACACACACAGCCUCAACGAUGACAAGGUCUAUUUCUUCUUCAAGGAAACGGCCGUGGAGUCCAACCAGCUGGAUAAGCGCAUCUACAGCCGGGUGGCUAGAGUGUGCAAGAAUGAUGUUGGUGGGAAGCGGAGUCUGAUUAAUCGCUGGAGUACCUUCCUAAAGGCCAGGCUGGUCUGCUCAGUGUCAGGGCCAGGAGGCAUGGACUCAUACUUCGAAGAGUUGGAGGAUAUAUUUCUUCUGGAGACCAAAGAGCCACAAAAUCCAGUUAUAUAUGGAGUCUUCUCAACUUCAAGCUCUGUCUUCCGAGGCUCAGCUGUAUGCGUCUACUCAAUGGCUUCCAUCCGAGCCGCUUUCAAUGGACCCUUCGCCCACAAAGAAGGCCCAGACUACCGCUGGGUGGAGUACAAAGGCAGGAUCCCAUAUCCACGUCCAGGGACGUGCCCAAGUGAGACCUACGACCCAUUGCACAAGUCUACCCGUGACUUUCCUGAUGAGGUCAUGAGCUUUAUGAGAGGCCAUCAACUGAUGUGGGAGCCGGUCGUACCGAUUCACAGACGGCCGCUGUUUACUCAGAUCAAUGUCCCCUACAGGCUGAAGAAGUUAGUAGUGGAUAGAGUGGACGCUGAAGACGGCCAAUACAGUGUUCUGCAUUUGGGUACAGAUGAUGGCAAGGUUUUGAAGGUGGUAUCCAUUCCCAAGGAGAACUGGGAAACUGAGGAAAUCAUACUGGAAGAGCUGAGUGUGUUUCAGAGUCCGAUCCUAAGCAUGGAGCUUUCCAACAAGAGGCAAGCUCUGUUCGUCAGCAGUGCGGAUGCAGUGGUUCAGUUGCCCCUGCAGCGGUGUGAGCUCUAUGGGAAGGCUUGCGCUGACUGUUGCCUGGCCCGGGAUCCUUAUUGCGCCUGGGACGGCACCACCUGCACCAACUAUUUCCCCACUAACAAAAGACGUUCCCGUCGACAGGAUGUGAGGUACGGCGACCCAUGGAGCCAGUGUCAGGAUCUGGGAGACGGUUCUGAGGAAAUUGAGCUGAAGGUAGUUUAUGGAGUAGAGAACAACUCAACCUUCCUGGAAUGCAUGCCACCUUCACCACAAGCGACAAUCAAAUGGAUCAUGCAGCAAAAACACAGCCAAAGCACUAAACAGCUGCUCGCUGGUGAAGACAUCAUCUUCACAAAACGAGGUCUCCUCCUGCAGCGGAUAACUUCCUCAAACGCCGGCCUCUUCCUGUGCACAGCUCACGAGUACUCUUUUUCUCGCACCCUAGCUAGGUACGAUCUGCAAGUCAUCUCUGAACAGCAUGUAUCAACUACGCGCAGCACUCAUCACUCCGACCCCAAAGUAGGUGGCAACUACGCACCGUCUUCGCUGAGCUACAAGGACCUGCAUCUCAUUGGCGUUAGCGGUCUGACAGCCGACGAGUACUGCGAGCAGCUGUGGUACCGCGAGAAACGGAGACAGCAGAAACUGCGCACGCUAAAGUGGAAGCAGACCGCAGAGAACCGCAAGGCUCGAGUUCGGCGGCAAAAUCCACCAAGUGAAACACUUCAGUGAUAGACAUUGGAGAAAAAAACAAAGGGACAUUUGGGUGUGUCUUGGAAGAAGAACAUGACAUUUUAGAAUUAGCCACAUUAGCCUUGUUACUUUUGAUUACUUAAAGGAUCCAGAUUACAAAACCAUUGCAAGAAAUAAAUGUUGGAGACCUAGUUUUUAGACUUCUAAACAACAUUCUUUUCUAGGUAACCUGAUCUUUUGGCGUCUUUUGGAAACAUGCACCGCGUUAUACAUGGGCAUAUAAGAAAAUAAUUAAGAACAACUGAGUGAGAGGCAAAGUUGAGAAAAAAAUGCCUUUGAAUGCUUAGAUGAAAGAUUUCAUUACAAGUAAACAUAAACACUAGAGUUCUGUUGCUGCGCCCUAAGCGAUGCUUUAAUCAGUAUCAGGGGUGGACAAAUCAUAAAUUCAUUAGCAAGCCCACUGCGUAUGGGAACGCAGCGAUGUACUCAAUUAGUACCACAUCCUGGGUCCUGAAAAUGCUGCAGUUGAUAUCACAAUCAAAUGUGGAAGACAUGCACUGAAGAAGCAAUUGAGACAAUAUCUUAAGAGCAGGGAAUAGAAGCACAAGUUAAAGAAGCUAAAGUUCUGUUAGAUAAGAAAUUAAACAUAUAUGUGCUGUGGCCUGGGGAAACCCUUAACAUGGUGACAUUUCAGUGUUUUCUCCCGUAUAUACACCCAUCAGCCAUAACAUUAUGACCACUGCCUGGUGAAGUGAAUAACACUGAUUAUCUCCUCAUCAUGGCACCUGUUAGUGGGUGGGAUAUAAUAGGCAGCAUGUGAACAUUUUGUCCUCAAAGUUGAUGUGUUAGAAAUAGGAAAAAUUGACAAGCGUAAGGAUUUGAGCGAGUUUGACGAAGGGCCAAAUUGUGAACUGCAGCUCUUGUGGGGUGUUCCCGGUCUGCAGUGGUCAGUAUCUAUCAAAAGUGGUCCAAGGAAGGAACAGUGGUGAACCGGCGACAGGGUCAUGGGCGACCAAGGCUUGUUGAGAAGUGAAGGCUGGCCCGUGUGAUCUGAUCCAACAGAAGAGCUACUGUUGCUCAAAUUGCUGAAACCGUUAAUGCUGGUUCUGAUAGAAAGGUGUCAGAAAACACAGUGCGUGACGGGUCAGGGCUGUUGUGGCAGCGAAAGUGGGACAACACAAUAUUAGGCAGGUGGUCAUAAUGUUAUGCCUGGUCGGUGUACAUGUUUAUGAAAAUUGCAGACUUGAUCAAAGCUUGACGUUCUUUCUCUGAGGAAAUCACACUUUGACGACAGUAUUUUUCAAUGAAAUUUUUAACCUGACUAAUUAAACCUUGAUUUUUACAGAAAGAUAAAAAUAUAUAUUUUAAUGAAAUAUAAUUUUUUGAUCUUUGGCAUCGUAUCCUGUUACAGACAGAGAAAAAUUUCACUGAAAUGUCAGACCGAUUUUCCCAGACCAUCUCACAUAUAUUAUGAACUAUUAAUACUGACAGUUUAAUACAAAUUACUAAUUCAAUUAGUUCAUACUAACACAUGCUUCCCUGAACACACUAUGAACACAACAAAACUGAUCAUCCUGACACAACUACAGGAUUACUUUUUUCCUAUAAGCAUUGUUUGAUAUGUAUUAUUUUGUAGUGAAUGGCUAUGCAUCAGUGUACACUCAGUGACAUGCUUCUACUAGAGUAUGUUUUUAGCCACAGUGAUGGUGUUUAAUUGUACUUAAUGAAAUCCAGAAUCAUGUGGUUCAUUAAUUACAGUUUCCCAGUUGCAUUCAGAGCUAAGUUUAAUGUCUAUGUGGAGAUUGACACUGAAAAUGCAGGUAGAUUCGAUACUCUAAAUUGCUCGAAGAUGUGAAUUUGUGAGUGUGAUGUGUGUGUGUACAUGGUGCCCUCUUAUGGACUGACUUCCCUCAAGGGCGUGUUCCUGCCUUACACACAUCCUGGGAUAAUCUCUAGAAACUCCACAAAGCCAGAUCCUGUAAAUUGUAAACUAUAAAUGUCUAGCUGUACCAUCUGAUUAUGUCACUUCCUGUAAAAAGCUUUAAAUCUAUGGUUCCUAAAGCGCAGUGGCAUUGCUAAUCAGCUAAUUCUGCAAUAAAUGAACAAACACCCAGGCAAACAUACUGUCAUUUAAAUAUGAACCCACUUCAUGUAGAUUUAACGCUGCGAAGAUACAUAUAACUGUGUUAUGUCUUAUGGACUUUUGAAAUACAAUAGGUCUGCUCUGACUACAGCAGGUGUCUCUCCUCAUACCUCUUAAAGCACACCAGGAUGUUCAUUUCAUCUCUUGCCAGGAACAGCGUAAAUAAGUCUCUAUUGUGUUUAUGGAUAGACUGAAAAGAAAUAAAUGCUAGUAAGGUUGUGGUACCAGUUAGCAAAGUCAGAUUUGAUCUCUGAUAGCCAGAGUAAAAUUAUCCAUUUUUAAUGGUUAAGUAAUGCUUUCAUACUGUAAUGUUGAUUUAUUAUAUACUGUGGUGUGCUGGAUGAGGUUCCUUUGGGACACACGUUUGCUUGGAAGGAACAUCAAAGUAUUGAAGCAUCUGGGAGAAAUGAGCAUGAAGUACAGUGGACAGAACUUGGUCACUACUCAGGAAAAUGGCUUCCAGGCUGACUGGACCAGAGUAAAAAGGGAUUUCUUUCUUCUGAUCUUGACAGGCUAAUUGGAAAGCAGUGUCCAAACUGGCCUGAUGGUAGGAAGAUGGACAAAAGCAAAACAGCAUGGACGGCUUCAAGAAAUAUGUGAUAGAUUAUAGAAACUGCUGCAUCUUAUAAACAAUGUUCAAUCUUUAAUCAGAUCAUUGAAUUUUGCAUUCCAACAGUUUUUUCCCCAGUGUCCACAAUGACAGGUAUAAUGUAAAGAUUAUUAUGUUCAAUAACAAAUUUACUCAAGCAGUCCAAUGUACUUUUUUUUUGUGCUGAGCAAAAUAUGCAUCAUGUAACGUUCAUUUUAUGUGUAUGAUGUAAACGUCAUGCUUAUAAGUCACCCAGUGUAUGGUAUUGAAGAAUACAUUUGUUUGUCGCAACACUAAGCCGAUACAAACUCAGGAUGUUUUGAACAACUGUGCGGUUGUUCCUUUCCAUCUGGUGUUCAUUUUUUCCUCUGGUGUGCAUCAUUAAUAGAGUUAUUCCAUUUACGUAUCUCAUUAGAUCACAACGUCAACCAGUGACCUCCUGCUAAAUGUGUGCCGUCAUUAUUUAAUCUAAGCUAUUACGUUUCUAAAACAAUAUAAUUUAUGGCUUAUGUUUCACUUUCCAGAUCUUUUCUCUGGAAAGACUUUUCAGUUUUCUUCCACGAUCUGCAAUGACACAUUUAUCUCAUUGUGUACAGAUUUGAUGUUUUGUUCUAAACCUUUCUUUGUAAACUAAUAUUUGUGUGAAAUCAAUUAAAAAUAUUUCCCACAUUUA